AUGGUUUCUCGAUCGGCCGCUGAGGUCGGACGGGUAAUGGAUUGGCCGAUGCUUUCUCAGCCGGACGCGGGAUGUGGCUUCCCGGCUCAGAUGGCGCCAUCGGCCGUGGUACGUGAGAUAGGUCGCGCGGCCGCAAGGCGUUGCUUCCCGGCUCGCGCGGCAUGGUCUGCGCCGCAUGGCAUUGAGUGGUGGUGGCUUGGCCGACCGCGGGACAUCUUCCCGGGUCGUGAUGCGUACUCGGCCGGAUGGAUUGAACUUUGGCCGAGACUUCAGACGGAUGGAUUUGGUUUUGACCGGCCGCGGUUUCUCGAUAGAGCCGCUGGACCAGUCUUCACUCUUUUGGUUAUAACUCCUUUUCUACUCAUCCAAAUGAGGCCGUUCCAGUUGCGUUGGAAAGUUAACUCACUCAGAGCACGCAGGGAACUGGUCUUGAUGAAAUCCAUUGAGUAG